UGGUGGUAGUAGUAGUGAUAGUAGUAGUAGUAAUGGUAGUGGUGGUAGUAAUAGUAGUGGUAGUGGUAGUGGUGGUAGUGGUAGUAGUGGUAGUAAUGGUAAUGGUAGUAGUGGUAGUAGAGGUAGUGUUGGUAGUGGUGGUAGUGGUAGUGUUGGUAGUGAUAGUGGUGGUAGUGAUGGUAGUGGUGGCAGUAAUUGUAGUGAUAGUGGUAGUGGUAGUAGUGGUAGUGGUAAUGGUAGUGGUGAUAGUAAUAGUGAUAGUGGUAGUAGUGAUAGUAGUGGUAAUAGUGGUGGUAGUAGUAUGGUGGUGGUGGUGGCGGCGCAACAGGAGUAG